ACCUCUUCAGAACAGAAGAGACCGAAAAAAUUAUUGAUCACAUCUGUGUCGCAAAAACUGCUGAAUGUCCUCCGCCUCAGACCACAGGUAGACUCCUUGCUGAGCUUGUCAGAGUCUCUGAAAGUGGCUUGCAGCAGCGACCCACUCAUCGGUGAUCGCCCACAGAUAACGGCCAGACAGACUGCUCUGGGUCUCACUGAGCAGGUUGAGUUACUUGUCAUGAGGAGGGAAGUGUGCAGUGCUUACACUGGGUUAAAUAGUCCCAUACAGCAGCCAGAGGCUUUUAAGCAACAGGCCAGAGCCACCAACGAGGAUGAUGUUCAUAGAUGAAAACUUCUGUACCGCCUGGAAUCCAGGCUGCCCCCACCUGGCUGUGGCAUGGACAUUGGCUGCAUCACCGUGUUUCUCACAGCCUACGGUAACAUCAAGGAGGUACUUCUGUUUCCUGCCAUGAAACCUGAAGAUGGUGACCAGUGUGAAAGCCGUCCUUGCCUGAAUCAGGGCAUAUGUAAAGAUGGCCUCGGGGAAUACACGUGCACCUGUUUGGAAGGAUUUGAAGGCCAAAACUGUGAAUUACCCACGCGUGAGCUCUGCAGCCUGGACAACGGGGGCUGCGACCAGUUCUGCAGGGAGGAGCGGAGCGCGGUGCUGUGCUCGUGCGCCAGCGGGUACGACCUGGGCGACGACGGCAAGUCCUGCGUCUCCACAGAGCCCUUCCCCUGCGGGAAGCUCACCCUGGGACGCGGCAGGCGGUCGGCCACCCACGGCAGCGGGGAGGCCCCCGAAGCAGGCGUGCCGGAGCAGUACGACCGCGGAGACCUGGGCCCCACCGAGAGCUCCCUCCACCUGCUGGGCCUCAACGGGACAGAGCCCAGCCCCAAGGAGGACGAGAGCCACCUGGUCCGGAUAGUGGGCGGGAGGGACUGCGAAGACGGGGAGUGCCCCUGGCAGGCUCUGCUCGUCAAUGAGGAGAACGAGGGCUUCUGCGGGGGCACCAUCCUGAGCGAGUUCUGCGUCCUCACCGCGGCCCACUGUCUUCUGCAGGCCAAGCGGUUCACAGUGAGGGUAGGCGACCGGGACACGGAGAAGGAGGAGGGCAACGAGAUGGCACACGAGGUGGAGGUGACCGUGAAGCACAGCCGGUUCGUCAAGGAGACUUACGACUUCGACAUCGCGGUGCUGCGGCUCAAGACGCCCAUCAAGUUCCGCAGGAACGUGGCGCCCGCCUGCCUGCCGGAGAAGGACUGGGCCGAGGCCACGCUGCUGACCCAGAAGACGGGCGUCGUCAGCGGCUUCGGGCGCACGCACGAGCGGGGCCGCCUGUCGUCCACGCUCAAGAUGCUGGAGGUGCCCUACGUGGACAGGACCACCUGCAAGCUGUCCAGCAGCUUCACCAUCACCUCCAACAUGUUCUGCGCCGGCUACGAUGCGCAGCCCGAGGACGCCUGCCAGGGCGACAGCGGCGGCCCCCACGUCACCCGCUUCAGGGACACCUACUUCAUCACUGGCAUCGUCAGCUGGGGCGAAGGGUGCGCGCGGAAGGGGAAGUACGGCGUCUACACCAAGGUCACCAACUUCCUCAAGUGGAUUGACAAGUCCAUGAAAGCCGGGCUGGGGACAGAGGACAGGGGGGAGCCGCGCCCCCAGUGAAGCCCCCCACUGCCCCUCGCAGCCCCUGCCUCUCCCUCCUCUCAGCACCGGGGCUCUGAGCCGGCCUCCCUCCCUGCCGUGAUUAGAGCUGGGUUGAUUCCUUAUCCUGCUUCUGUUUUUGCUCCACCGAAGUGGGAAAUGAAGGUCCAUUUGGAACCUGGGACCCUGCCUUCCCGUCACCAGCUGGGAGGUUUCAGGAUUCGGGAAGUGCUACCCACAUAGGAUGGGCCAGGGCUCCCAGACCAAGUCUUAAAACUGAGGGGCCUUUUCUGUUCACAGCGCGUUUCUCUGUCCUGGAGGCCGCCAGCUGCCCCCCUGGCUGCUCACAACAGUGCUGAGUAAACCAGCAGGGUUCUGGGAGCACAGGGGCGCCAGGGCCAGCCCCCCUCCCCAGGGUCGGGUGGGGCUUCCCCACGCGUGCCCUCCUGGCCCCCAGUCACCUCCCAGGAGAGGCAGGCUCCCUGGGAAGGAAGGGCCCAGCAGGUCUCGUCAGCAGGGACAUUUUAAUGUUGACCUAAAGACCGACUAUCUACGUGGCUUCACGGCUGCGUCCCUGGGGGCCCAGCCACAUGGGCUCCAGAGCCACGAGCACGCCCCUGGGUGUGACUGUCGCCAGGCCGGGGCUCUGGAGUCUGCCUCUAGGCCACAGCCCAGAGCACGAACCCAGCUCUGGCUAGCCCCUGCCGCCCCCCUGCUACCCUGCUAGCGAGGUGUGUGCUGGGGGGCUGCAGGAGGGCCGCCCCUCCUCCAGUGGUCACAGCCCAGGUCGAGCCCUCCCGGCCGCACCAGCUCCAGGCCUUCAAGCCAAACAGCCAGGAAAAGCAGACAUGCUUCUAGAAAAAGCAGUCACCUCAGACGGGACGUGCUGUGUUUCCCGGUACCGUUUGCAUUUUGCGUAACUUGGCUAAGCAAACUUUCAAAGUUCCAGUACGAGAGCUCCCAAGGUCACUGGCUGGGCAGUUGCGUAAACAGGAGAUCUGCACGUUUGCAAAAAUCAACACGAACGGGCUUCCCAGAAACGGUCAAGCCAGAGGGUCCGUUUCUGCGCGUCCCGCCUUGACCUCCUCAAAGGGAACCGUCCCGCAGAGAAGGCCUCGGACGGCCAGGCCCUGCGUGCUGGGGACGGGGGUCUCUGUCCAGAGCAAACCUGG